AUGAUCAGUACAGUGAUGUGCCAUGCUGAAAGUGAUCACGCCUGGGUGUCGCGGAGCUUUGACCUGAGAAGCGCAUACAGGCAGUGCGCGGUGCAUCCUGAAUCCCGGCAGUUUUCAUAUAUUGUUGUUGGAGAUCCCAACACGUCUUCAUUGAAAGCCUUUCGUCUCAAGGCGCUCCCCUUUGGAAGCGUGAAAUCUGUGCACAGCUUCCUUCGAAUAGCACACAGCUUGUGGGCCAUCCUGACACCAGUCUUCUGGGUGAUAACAACCAAUUAUUUCGAUGAUUUUGUGUCCAUUGCUGAUUUCCGUGAAGCUGCAUCAGUGGACUACACCGUAAAGGCUGUCUUCAGACUGUUGGGUUGGCGAUUUGCCGAAGAUGGACCAAAGGCACCGCCUUUCAGCAGCAAUCUUGUGGCUCUUGGAGUGCAGUUUGAUGUGUCAAGGUUACAUCAAGGAUUGGUCAAGGUCGCUAACACCGAGAGCAGGCGGGAUGAGUUGGCCCAGGCAUUGGAUCAGGCUGUGACGUCGAAAUCCCUGGCGAAGCUUGAAGCCCUUAGAUUGCGAGGGCGGAUGCAAUUCGCAUCUGGGCAGUUUUAUGGGCGCCUAGCCCGGCGGUGCCUGGCAGUGGUAACGCAGCAUGCCUAUGGCUCUGAGUCAUCAACACUGGCUGAAGCUGCGAUACAUGCCCUGUCUCGUUUUAGAGACAUGCUGGUCAAUGGUGUGCCGAGGAUGAUUUCAUCGAAGGCUACAACAACAUGGUUUAUUUUCACUGAUGCUUCGCAUGAACCACAUGAGUCGGAACCUUUCUCUGGCGUUGGUGGGGUCUUGGUGGACCAGCUUGGGUGCAGGCGCCGCUUUUUCUCAGAAAGGCUGUCACCUGACCUCCUAUGUGACAUCAAUGUUUCUCGAAGGAAGACCAUCAUUUAUGAGUGCGAAUUUUUCUCUGUGCUUUGUGCAAUGAUUGAUUGGAAAGAUUUUCUUCAUCAAUGCAACGUGGUGAUCCAUACCGACAAUGUUUUCCGAGACAUUACUGCAGACGGCAAUGUGUGGGACCAGGACUCUCUGGUCUUACCUCAGCAUGCAGAAGUCCUGUCCAAAGAUUCUCUGCUCCCACUGCCCAGUUUCUUCUUGGCGCCUGAUGUUGGCCUGAAGGCCUGUCCGUCAAGAUCUUCACUCACACGCUCUGGUUCUCGCAGCAGUUUCUCCUCAGAGUCCUCAGACGGAACCUUCGAGUCAGCGCUGCCGGACCAGGUCGUCCUGCGAAGCACUGGGUCCGAACGGUGCGUGAACCGCCAUGAGGAGGAGAUCUCCGCGAGCGCGAGCAGAUUGCUAUGGCUUCCCAUGGAGCAGUGCAAACGGAGAAUCUUAGACGAGGUACGGCUGCGCCAACUGCGUGCGGAAUUGCCCUUGAAGUGCCGAAUGGCCAGUGUUUGGCGCCUUCUCUAUAGCCCUGAAGUGCACGGGGUCUCCAUAGGCACCUUCUUCCGGCAGUGCCAGGCUUGGCCAGGAGAAACGCUGCUGCUGAUUGAGGAUAGCAAUGGUGCUGUCUUCGGUGGUUUCGCCUCUCAUACCUGGCAGGCGCAGUCUCGUUACUUCGGCCACCCGGAGUGCUUCGUCUUUCGCUUUCCGCCGGAAGAUGAUCGAUGCGAAGUCUUUGGAUCGGCUGGGCACAAUGAGUACUUCCUUUUUGCUGACUGCAGUGGCCUGAUGAUGGGCGGCGGAAGGCAUCCAGCCAUUUGGAUUGAUCAAAACUUCCUGAAGGGCACCUCAAUUCUGGCUCGGAAUUUCAGAGACUUGGGGAAGGCAGCGUGGAUUUGGUCGAGGAUGCUGAUUUCAAGAUACCAAAUACAGACAAGGAAGUGCUACGGACACCUGGGUUGUUCUUGUUUUCAAAGUGCUGGGGAGGCCAACGCCGAGACUUGUGCUCUUCAUGCUUUCUCCAUAAUUCUCCUGUUCCUGCAGUCUCCAGUCUCCAAGGGCCCCUGCAAGACGUUUGGCACAACGGCAGCAUUGACACCGAAGCUGGAGUCUGGCAGUGAGUCGACUGGUGAGUCUCUACAGUUCGUGGACUUUGUGGUGAGAUCUUUUGAGUGCUGGGGCUUCGAUAGUUCAAAGCCAGAGGACCCGAAGAACUCCAACUGGACCUCCAAAGACGAACGCAGCCUACGGAACCUACCUCGCCUCAUGGCUCGAGCAGAGGAGUCGGACGUUUGCAAUGCUUACGCCGAGCAGGGCGGUGCACGACAUCCCGCAGUGGAAGAGCUCGUGUGGCGGGUGUGGGAGUCGCAGCAUCGGCAGCACAUUCGAGACCCCGAGUUCCUUGUGACGGCUGCUCCGGGGACCAUCCAGGUCUUAGGCCGAGCUUCUGGCAAGGAGAACUGGGCCUUGAACGGUGAGUACAAACUCAUCGGCUUGCAUCAAGGAAAGGUCGCAUAUCAGAAGGCAGGCAAGUUCAAGCAUGCCAUCAGCAGCUGGAUUGCACGAGUUGUCCCGGAGACACCGACCCCUGCCUCCUUUCAGAAAUCUGCCCGAGGAUAUUGGAGAGUUGGUGACAGGUGGCUGAUAGAUCUUGAAGGUCUGCGAGACGUUGACAUUUGCAACGCCUAUGCAGAUGCCCAAAGUACCAGUUAUCCAGGUGAAAUUCGACUCUCGUGGCACAUCUGGGACUCCACCAGGCAGCGGCACGUCCUUGAUAGCAGCCUCUGCACCUUGGUGACACCUUCGUGCAUUGAGGUGGUAGGUCGUGAGUCUCCCAAAGAGAAUAUGGCCAUGAAUGGUAGCUACCAUUUGGUCGGCUUGCACGCUGGUCAGCCCGCUUACAUGAAGGACGAUGGCAGUGGUCAUGCGAUACGCUACUGGCCUCGCGAGGAGCGCUGGCUCAUUGACUUGGACGGACUGUUCCUCGGACCUGGGCGACAGAUGGCCAGAUGGCCCUUUUUUUUGAUUUUCGAGGGUUUUGACAUAGAAAUAUGUGGAAGAUCAAUGAACAUCAAGCAUUUCUAG